AUGAAACGUGUGUAUCGAUUACGAGAAGCUCAAAUAAAUGCAGUAACAGGUUAUAAUCAUUUGGGAGUGAUUGGUAUCAAUCAACGUGGAAAUGGUUGUUUUACUUCAUUGAAACCACCAUGGCAUAAACGACCUGAUGAUAUAAUAACAACUUUUAAAAAUACAACUUCGAAAAUAUAUACACCUUGUUCUAAUUUGAAUUAUUUAUUUGAUCGACAUAUUCAUCAAUCUCGAAUAGAUAUAUUCAAAUUAGAAGAGUCACUUCCUAAAAAUGCUUUAAUUGCAGAAAUUGAUGAGCCUGAUCAAUUAAUGAUAUUUAAAAAUAAUCAUAAUAAAAAAGCAUCUCGUCACAUUCGAGAUUUAGAGAAAGCUCAUCAAUUGAUUCAAGAAGAAAAAACUAAACAAUUAUUAAUACCAGAAAAAAAAUCUCUUCGAUUUGUCGAAAAAAUUGAACUAAUAAAUCAUGUUAAACAAUCACAAACAAUACCAACACAAAUAGAAAGACAUGAUCAUCGUCGUAUAGCUAUUAUCAAAUUACAAAAUUAUUUACGUGGUAUUAUUGUUCAAUCCAAAGUA